AUGGUUUUCAAGUGCCGAACAUGUAGAUACCAGAACAGCAACAAGGAGGUUGUAAGACGUCACGAGAAAGAUAGACAUGAUGUCAGCCUGAGUAAGCCUAGAGAUAGAAGCCGUUCCCCUAUCCGAACCUCCUUUACCAAAUCAGCCUUUAGCCCGUAUCGAAGACGCCUCACUACCCCAGAUUUUACCAUUCGACACCCCACUCGCGCCAUCCUCCCUGGACUUCACCGAGCCCGCCCACUUCCUUCGUUGACCCCUACCCCAUCUUUGAUCUCCCCAAUUAAGGACACCAUCCCGAUGGACAUUGAUGACUAUGCACUUUCCCCGGAAAACACACCACCAACUUCCCCUCUUCCAGAAACUCCGUCCCUGACCGAAGACACUCAACAACCACCUCUCCCAGAAACUCCGUCCCUGGCCGAAGACACUCAACCACAACCAGCUUCCCCUCUUCCAGAAAUCGAACCCCAUCAUGAUCAUGACGACGGAAUCAGCAUUAACACAAACCCUGUAGACGAAUGGACGUUCCUAUCGGGUGAUGGAUUAAGUACAUGA